AAGCAGCAAACAUUAAAGCAGCAAGUAAAAUUGAAGAUUUUCAAAUGGCCAAUAAACCAAUUCUUUAUUAUUCUCAACGUAGUCCACCAUGUCGUUCCGUAUUACUUGUUGCUGCUGAACUUGGUUUAGAAUUGGAUUUAAAGGCCAUGAAUCUUAUACAACGUGAACAUUUCACACCGGAAUUUUUACAAAAGAAUCCACAACAUACAAUACCAUGCUUGGAAGAUAAUGGUACUAUUAUUAUUGAUAGUCAUGUUAUAAGUGCAUAUUUAGUUGAAAAAUAUGGUAAAGAUGAUAAACUUUAUCCAAAAGAUGAAGAAAAACGACGUCUAGUCGAUACUUUAUUAUAUUUUGAUGCAUCAAAUGUAUUUUCAAGAAUUCGUUUCUUAUAUGAACCAAUAAUAUAUUUUGGACAAAAAGGUUUUCCACAAGAUAAAAUUGAUUAUAUUCAAAAAGCUUAUGAACCAUUGGAAAAUUAUUUAAAAGCUAAUACAUAUAUUACUGGUGAGAAUUUAACAAUUGCAGAUUUAUGUUUAUUAGCAUCUGUUUCAUCAGUUAGUAGAACAGUACCAAUUGAUGUAGAAAAAUUUCCAAAAUUACAUGCUUGGUUUGAUAAAUUAACAAAAUUACCAUAUUAUAAAGAAGCGAAUUUUGUUGGAGCUGAAAUGUUACAAGAUUUGGUUAUUGAAAAAAGUAAAUAAUUAUAUACAUGUGAAUAUACAUACAUACAUGUUAUACAUGACAUGUACAAUAUGUAUGAUUACCAAAAUGUUGCUCGUGGCUUGAAAGUUGUAUGACAUUUAUUAUAUUUUUUCUUUUUAAAAUUUUUCAA